AUUAAUAAACCCGUUUGUACUCGUCCAUUUAUUUUUUCUUUUAUGAAGCAAAACCAAUCAUCAAAUAAAUAAAGAAAGAAAUAAAGAAAAUAACUGAAAUAUCUGGUAGCAGAGACCAGUUCUUGUUCAAAGCAACUGCUUAGAGAAGGGAAUGGUGAUGUUGAUGAUGGGAUCAUCAUUUUCCUUACCAUCUUCAUCAGCGCUUCAUCAUCAGCCAAUAUGGUGGGUCCAAUUCCAGCCAGUAGGACCCACACCCACCACGCCCUUUCAUCUCAUCGCCACCGCCACUUCUCUCCGCCUUAGCUUCCUCCUCCACUCCUCCUUCAAGCUUUUGAUCUCUCCUAUUGGACAGAAACUCUCUCAUCUCUGUCAUGUGCCUAGAUUGAAGGACAUAUGGUGCAGAAAAGCUUCCCAAUUUAAGGGAAUUGAUUUUCUUCAGAUUUCAAAUGACGUUCUUGCAUCUACAACUUCACAUUGCUUAUCUUUCUUCAAUGGUGGAGAAACUGGGAAGGGCCAUGGAAUUCAAGGAGCGCCAUACUCUGAGGCAUCCAAAAGCAAUUCAUUUAAUGGAAGAAAAUGGACAAAUAUUCUUCUUGCUAUUAAUAUUUUAGUUUUUGCUGCACAAUUUGCUACCCAGGGAAAGCUGUUAUUUUGGGGAGCUAAGGUUAAUAGUCUUAUUGACAAGGGACAGUUUUGGAGGCUGGUCACAUCUUCCUUCCUGCAUGCAAAUAUUGGUCACCUUAUGGUAAAUAGUUAUUCCUUGAAUUCUAUUGGUCCUACCAUUGAGAACCUCAGCGGUCCAAGGAGAUUUCUUGCAGUUUACUUUACCUCUGCAAUUGCAAGUUCAGCCACAAGUUACUGGUUCUGCAAAGCACCUGCAGUGGGCGCCUCAGGUGCAAUCUUUGGAUUAGUUGGAUCUCUUGCGGUGUUUGUCAUAAGACAUAGAGGCAUGAUCAGAGGUGGUAUGGAGGAACUACAGCACAUAGCACAAGUGAUAUUAUUAAAUAUGGUUAUUGGUAUAUUGUCCAGAGGCAUUGAUAAUUGGGGACAUUUAGGGGGUUUGCUGGGAGGAGUUGCUACAUCAUGGUUUGUUGGACCUGCCUGGAAGUACGAGGCCUUGGCAAAUGAUGGUCGAAGAAUUUUUGUGGACAGGCCACCCAUAAAAUAUCUAGCGAAUAUAAAAAACCGGAGGUCGUAGGCACCUCAAUUGAAUUGUUCAUUCCAUUACAGAAAUAUAGCCCUGACAACUUCUAUUGACUCUGUACAUGAGAGAACAUUGCUUUCUCCAUUGGAUGAUAACAUAAGAAAAUUUUCUGCUGA